UAUGAGUUGUACAUAUCGAAAUAGUUUUUUGGAGUCUGAACAAUUCUAUGCAAUAUCUUUGCACAUUCUAUCUGUAAUCCAAGUGCCACUUCAUAUUUUCGGGACAUUUAUUAUUGCAACUAAAACUCCUGCUUAUAUGAAAAGAGUGAAAAUUACAAUGUUGGUGGUGCAUCUAACAUUUGCCUGGCUUGACAUCUACAUGACAAUUUUAAGUAUGCCUAUUUUUCUUAUUCCAAUGGUGUCGGGAUAUCCACUGGGCUUGUUGUAUUAUCUAGGUGUUCCAGUACGAUUUAUGACCUAUUUGGGAUAUUUGUCAGUAUUUCUUACAAUUCCCGCAAUGAUAAUGUUCUUCGAAAAUCGUUACAACUACUUGGUCCGCAAAGAUCACAUGACAAGAGGGAGGAAAAUAAAAAGAUUAUUAUAUUUUUCACUGUUGUAUAUUUUAUCAGUUAUCACUUUCAUCCCACCAGUAAUUGAUAAUCCUAACAGAGUAGAAGUCCUGGAAGCUUCUCAUCGGAAGUUCCCAUGCCUACCACCAGAGAUAAUUGAUAAUCCAAGACUAUUCGUGAUGGGAACUGAUAACAACACGUUUAUCGCUUGUGUGGUCCCUUAUAUUAUAAUUGGAUGGGUUCAAAUACUUGGAUUCUUUGUUGGAACUGUUAACUUUAUUUAUAGAACUAAAACUAUGUCUCUACACACUUCAAAUCUCCAAAAGAAAUUCUUCAAAUCCCUCUGCAUUCAAAUUGCCGUUCCACUUGUAGUCCUCCUUAUCCCAGAGUCUUAUAUUUUGAAUACGGCUAUUUCUGGAAAUAUGGAUGUAGGAUUGACCAAUAUUCUAAUGAUUUGGAUGGCUAGUCACGGAUUGUUCUCAACUGUUGUCAUGCUCAUUGUGCACAAACCGUAUCGAAAAGCAACUCUAAGUAUUUUAGGUCGACCGCAGGCAAUCAAAACAGCUCCAGUUUCGAUAAUUUCGAAAUUGUUCACACGUUAAAGUUGUGUCUUACUACCAGCGCAAGGCGUCAUCAUUUCAAUAUUGAUUUUUU